UUGUCUAUUCUCAGUUUACUUGUCAAUUCUCAGUUUAGUUACACCGAUAAAAAGCGAGUUAAGCCGUUGUCCACUAAACAGAUGUUUAAACCUUCAAGCUUAUUAAAAAAUAUAUAUAUCUAUCAAUCUAUAAGAUUCUACUCAAAUAAUAAUUAUCAACAGGAUUCAAAAUCUUAUUUUGGUUUUAAAUCGAUGUCAGAAUCUGAAAAAUUUCAAAACGUUAAUUCAGUUUUUAGUAAAGUAGCAAACAAAUAUGAUAUAAUGAACGAUUGUAUGAGUUUAGGUAUACAUAGAUUAUGGAAAGAAUAUUUUGUAAAAGAAUUAAUGCCAAUAGAAGGUGGUUCAUAUCUGGAUGUUGCUGGUGGGACUGGGGAUAUAGCAUUUAAAAUGUUAAAAUAUAUUAAAGAAUCUCGAAGUGUCUUGAAAAUUCCUAAAAAUGAUGCCACCAGUAUUACCAUAUGUGAUAUCAACCCACAUAUGAUUAAAAAUGGUAAACAAAAAUGUAAAAAAAUAUUUAAUGAAUUAGAUCAAACUAUAUUCAAAUGGGAAAUUAUGGAUGCUGAAAACUUAUCAUUUGAAGAUAACUCAUUUGAUUCAUAUACUAUUUCAUUUGGUAUUAGAAAUUGUGUACAUAUUGAGAAAGUACUGGAAGAAGCAUAUCGUGUUCUAAAACCAGGUGGCAGAUUCUUAUGUUUAGAAUUUGGUAAAGUAAAUCUACCUUUGAUUAGAGAUCUCUACAAAAUAUAUUCAUUUAAUAUUAUUCCUGUUCUUGGGCAUCUGAUAGCAGGCGAUUGGAAUUCUUAUCAAUAUUUGGUUGAAAGUAUAGAAAAAUUUCCUUCACAAGAGAAAUUUAAAACAAUGAUUAUUAAUGCACAAUUUUCUGAUGUAACUUAUAAAAAUUUGAGCCUUGGAAUUGCUGUAAUAAGUUCAGGAUUUAAAAUAUGAUUAGGGGAUAUAGUAUAAUGUAUGUAAUCUCCUAUAGAUUUGAUUUUGCGAAUAAACAACAAGUAAAUGUCAUAUAGAACAUGUGAAAAUAUAUGAUAUAGCUCCUAAAUACCUAAUGUAAAGUUAAUUAUAAUGAAACUCAGAUUGUUAUCAUAUUUGCACUUG